AUGAUUUUACUGAUACUAUCGAUUAUUAUAUACCAGAGUCAAUCAAUAGAAAUUAUUCAAUUAACUGACAUUCAUUACGACUUGUUAAUGGAUCCAACUAAAUAUGAUGAAACUACGAUGUGUAGAGGAGAAGGAUAUAAAAUGGAUGAAAGAGUUAAAUUAGUAUAUAAAAAAGUACCAAAACCAGUGAAUCCAUAUUAUGGGAUAUACUUCUGUGAUUCAAAUAAAAAUUUAGUAAAAGAAACAAUACAACAAAGUUAUCGUACAACUCCAUAUCCAGGUAUUAUUCUUUUAAGUGGUGACCUUGCUGGUCAUUACCAAGGAGUUAAUAAUUCUAAUGCUAUUAAAGGAGUAUUACAACUAGUUUCUAAUAGAUUUGAUGGUGUUCCAUUAGUAUUUUCAAUUGGAAAUAAUGAUAUUAAUCCGUCAUAUAUAACAAAAUGUAAUGACCCAAGAUAUGAACAAUAUUAUACUCUUCUUAAAUCACAAAUACCAGCUUCAGAAAAAGAAGAAUUUAUUAAACACGGUAGUUAUAUAAAACAUUUUAAUCAAUUUUCAUUAUCUGUUCUUUCUAUUAAUACAUUAUUAUAUGGACCUAAACUUAAUGGUGAUGAUUGUGGUUCUAUUAAAUAUAUUGAAAAGUCUUUAGAAAUUGCACAAGCUAAAGGAAAUAGUGUAUUAGUUGUUGGACAUUUUCCACUUGGCGUUGCAGCAUAUGAUUGUAAAAAUUACUUAGUUCAAUCAAUUCAAAAUUUGUUAAUACAAACUUUUAAAAAGUAUCAAAAUAUUAUUGUUGGAUAUGUAUUUGGACAUGACCAUCGUUCUGAAAUAAAAAUAAUUGAUGAUAUUCCUAUUUUAACAGCACCUGCUAUUUCUCCAAUAUUUGGAAAUACUCCGGGAUAUAGAGUAUAUACUUAUGAUAAUGUUAAUGGUAUUCUUAAAGAUUAUAAAGACUUUUAUAUGCAAUUUAUUCAAUCAAACUUAGAAUUAAAAGGUAUUUGGACAAAUCCAAUGCAAUUCACUCAGUUAUAUCAUACAUCAGAUGCCUCUCCUUCUUCUAUUAAAAAGGUAUAUUCUUCUUUAAUUAAUUCUGAAGUUGAUUACCUUAAAUACACUUCUUUGGUAAAUGGAUUCUUUGAUCCUUCUUAUAAAAUUCGUGAAUGUGUAAUGACUUCUAAUACAGAAGAAGAAGCUCAUGCAUGUGUUAAACUGAUGUUAUAA